GUGUCGCCGUCGUCGUCGUCGUAGAGCGCGUAAAACAUUAAAGAAAAUUAAGAAGAAACAAAAAAAAAAACUAAAUCUGUGAACAAAUAGCAUAAACUAUGAGAGAUACACUUUAAGCACAAAACAAGAAAAACUAAAACUGAAAUAUAAGUAAAAGAAAAACUUCAAGGAACAUUUUAAUUUAGGAAAAAAAGAAAACGAAAACGUUUCUUAAGGCAAAAAAAAAAAAAAUGGAAAUUCAAAGAAAUGGCUUCUAGAGAGUUAGCAAAAAAUUAUGUAUUUUCUAAAAAAGUGAAAAAUCCUGUGAUACCCGACAAAUGAAAAGAAAAAAAAAUGCAAAACCCAGCAAAGAAAAAAAAUCAGUCACAAGGCAAUGGAGUGGCAAUGUGCGUUCAGUGAAAAAAUCUGUAUACAAUAAUGGCCCCCCACCAAGUAAGAGGAGGCCAUCAAGUGUUGUUUUUGUUGUUGCUUUCAACUGAGUAGGGCCACACAAUGUUUUAGGCAAAAAAACCAAAUUUGCCCUUUACCAAAGACCCUUUAAUUGAAAUUCCUCUAAAAAAUUAAACAAAAAAAAAUUGAGCUUAAAACGUAUUCAAUCAUAUGGCAGAGCUGUAGACCAUUAGUAAAACAAGGAGAAGAAGAAGUUGAAAGUCACAAUCAUUGAGGCAACAAAUCUUUUUUUUUUUUUUUAGCAAAAAUGUUUUGCCUUUGUAAAUAGUUGUGUGUAUAACCAUGAACAAGAGGAAGAAUAAGCAUUACGAGGAAUCUAUAUGUAAUACGACAGUAAAAGGGCAAUUAAUCAGAGGAAAACGCAAAAAAGCAACGUAAAGCUCUCCCUCUCAAUAGAAAAAAGGAAAAAAAAAAAACAAAACCAAACGAAUGAAAGUACGACCAAACGAAAGAACAAACGAACCUACAAACUCACCAUCACCAUCACCACCUUUAACAAAAACCAGCAGACAGCAGGCAGCAUAACCACCUACCGCACCAAUACCCUCAUUAUCAUUAUUAAAAAAAAAGAAAAAGAAAUACCUAUACGCAUUUUUUCUCCAAUGACUUUAUGGGUAUCUUUUUGAAGCCAAAUCACUCUCGCUCUCUCUCUCUCUCUCUCUUUCUUUUACUCUUGCUCACUUGAUGAAACAUUGGCCUAAGCAUAGUCAUCUUGUGUUAAUGCCAAAAUGAGUGCUUGUGACAGCCAGAUGAUGAGUGAGCGAUAAGCACAAUAAAAUCCUUAAGGCUCCCUUCCUCCACAUAAAUACACAACAACAACAACAACUACAAGCACACAUAUUAGUCAAAGGCUAAAAAUUCACCACUACCGACGGCCACAAGUAAAGACACCAAAAGAAGUCAACAAAAGCACAGCAAAGAAAACAGGUGCUGUUUUACUCACCAGUCCACCAAGGCAGAGCACUCAUAUUAAUCACACCACACCACAGUCUCUCUCUCUCUCACUCCCUGUCUCUUUCGCUCAGUCUCUCUCUAUCUCUGGCAAUCUUUUAUACAAGGGGAGUUAAGCAUAACAGUGAAAAGUUUCUUGCACUCAAGUUAACUCAGGCAUUUCACCAAAUAAUAAAAAAAAAUCAACAUGUGUGUGUGUGCUUGUGUGUGUAGCUACAGUUGAGAAUCAUAGUAAGGUAGAAAGAGAGAGGUUUCUGUAAACAUUAACAGAACUCAUAAAACAAGCAAAUAUAGUAAAGGAUAAACGUGUUAAAAACCUCUUAACCAUAAGCCCUUAAAGUUUCAAAUAUAAUAGCAUUGUAGCAUAUAGAAAAUUCCUCUUCUAUACACAAAAGUGGCCAAAACCCCAAAAGCAUACAACAACAAAAAGUUACAUAUAAUGUAAAAAGUGUAAAUAAAUAUAAUUAAAAAAAUUCUUGAAAAAAAUAAAAUAUAUAAAGAAUAAUGUGCCUCCAAAGAAAUAAAAAAAAAAGUUAAAUAAAUAAAAUCUAUGCAAACAAAAUCUACUAGUACUACGACUAAAAAUUACAAAACUUAAUCAAGGUAUUUAAAGCAGAUUUUCUUGAAACUCCUUUCCCAACAUAAAUAAGCUUUGGCUAAAAUUCUUAAGAAAAAUUACAAUACAAAACCAAACUAAUGGUGAAUUCUAUUUCAAUAAAUUAUUAAAUAAAGCUCUGGCGGUCUAGAGAAGAAAAACCAAAAAAAAAAAACUAAAACUUCACUAACAAAUAAAAAACGGAAACUUUAACAAAAGCAGGCAAUAAUCACCAAUCAAUACACAAAAGUCAUACUCAACUACACCACAGUAGCAGGCACACAAUUAUUGUAAAUAAAUGAAACCCCUUUUUAUUCUCUUUCUCUCUAAAUACCAUACGAGUUCAAAAACAAAAGCUCUAGUCACCACAUUUUCAACACCUCCAACCAAACAAACAACAACACCAAACACUCUUCUCCACGAAAAUAAAAUCAAAAAAAUAUAAAUUUUCAUAAUAUAACCACAAAAUUAACCCAAAACAGACUUCUAAAAUAAUCAAGACAACAUUAAAAACAUAGCUCUUUCGAACGACUAAACAACCAAAAGGAUUAUAAUUUCAUAAAUUUUUGUAUUCUGAAUUAACAACAACGAAUAUUAACACAACGCUCUGUUUUAAGAUAACAUCUCAAUCUCCAUCAACAUUAAUAUUCACCGCUACACAUCCAUACAUACAUGCAAUAAAUGGCAAAGUUUUUACAAAUACAACAACAGUCGGCUAUUUAAAAUCCGGAAGGAAAGAGGAAAAACCAACAGAAAACCCCCAAUUAAAAAUCAAUAGUCCAAAUUUUAAUCUGGAAUUCUUGAAAAAGAUUGUUUGCUCCACUUCAACUUAGUCAAAAGAAAAAAACAUGACAAAUUGAAAUUCUGUAAAUAUUCUGAAAUUCAAGCCAACAAAUUCAACGAAAUGUUUAAAGAAAUUACACAAAAAAUACUAAAAAUUUUAAACCAAAUUUAAGCGACAUCAGUCUCAUACAAAUAAUAAAGAUAAUAUUUUUUUAAUAAUAAUAGCAGCAUACAUAACAAACAAAAGAAAAAAAGAAAAAUUCCAUAAAUUUAGUCUGUGAUUAAACUGAAUUCGAAUUAAACCAAAACAAAAAAGAAAACACAAGAAAAUCCUAAAAUAUUUAAAUACAACUCAAUAUAUUGGACAUACAAGAAACCCCUAAACAUACAAUAUAUACAUAUAUAAUAUAUAUAUAUAUAUAUAGAAAAAUCUAUACAUAAACUGUAAUUUAUAAAUUAAAUAUAAACAAAACAAAAGCUUUAAAUAAUAUAAUAUUAUUUAUUAUUUAAUAUGAAAUAUUAAAAAAUUAAUGAAAAAAAAAAACAAAAAUUAAAAUUAAAAUAAAAUCUUCCAUUAAAAAUUUAAAAAAAAAAUAAUAACCCCUAAAAACCCAAAAAUAUACGAUUUCAUAAAUAUAAUCAACAAACCUACGCACUUAACUCAUACAAAUAAUAAUAACAACAGGACAUUAAUAAAGAAAAUGUUUUUUUUUAUAUAAAAAUCUAAAAAAACACUAAUCAACGAAACCGAAGGAAGACAUCUUAGCUAAGAACCAAAGAACGUUUAAUUUAUUUUUCAAAAGCUUUAAGCCUUAACAAACGAAGAAAAGUACUUAGAUUUUUUUAAAAUAACAAAUUCUAGUUAUUAUUGACAAAAUAAAAGCCAACAUAGGUAAGAAAAGGAGAUCUUAGCAAAAUCCGUGAAAAUCGCAACUAAUAACAAAUAAUUACAAUAAUACAAAUAAUAAUAAUAGUAAUAAAUAAUAACAUAAAUAUACGUAAUUUGAAUAUAUAUCCUCUUCUAACAACCACCAACACCGCCCCGAUUUCCCCAGACUUCGUAAAUAUUUACAAUUAACUAAAUAGCCACAAGAAAAAAAGCAAAAAACAAAACAAAAAAACACAAAUAAUUAGUAUCCGGCUAGGAAAGAGCAAAACACAAUGUCCUUUACAACAAUAACAAGCCUACUACUACUAAUAAUAAUAAUAGCAGCAGUAAUAACAACAAUAAUAACCACAUCAGAAGCAGCAGCAGCAACAGUAACAGUAGCCGAAACAGUAACAACCACAUCAACUAAAACAGCAACAACAACAACAACUACUACUAUAAAAACAAGUGUAUUAUAGUUAAUAUUUCUAUUUAUUUAAUUGAAUAUUGGAUACCCCCUACGGUGUAGAAAAAAAGAGCUCAUCACGCAAAGCUGUAGUUCUGUAGAUUGAAGGAAUACAUACAUACUUUAACAGACACACACACACACACAUACAACCACCAUAAACAUACCACCACGCAUCGUCCAUCUUUAUUCGCCAAAAAAAAAAAAAAACAACAAACAACUAACCACGAAAGGAACCAACUUCACAGGCCCCCACUCCCCCCAACAUAAACCAACCCCACUUUCAACAGCUACUAAGUGCAACUAUUUCGCUAAGCAGAGCAGUAUAAGAAGUAUAGCUUGAUUUGGACUAGACCCUCUUUAGCGGCCAAAAUGGAUGACAUGCCCGAUUUAUCACAUCUGACGCCCCACGAACGUUUGCAGAUCGAGAAUGUUCUGCGGCGUCAGAAACAAGAGGAGGAGCAGCAAAAUGAGAUUAUGAGACGGAAACAAGAUGAGGUCAUGUCACUGGAAAUGCAAAUCCGACAGCGUUCAGAGCAGCAGAAAAAAGCCGGCAUCGAACUGGAGGCAACGUGUCACAUAUGCCUCAAGACAAAGUUUGCUGAUGGCGUUGGACAUAUAUGUCAUUACUGCAACACAAGAUGCUGUGCGAGAUGCGGUGGCAAAGUUACACUGCGGAGCAAUAAGGUCAUUUGGGUUUGCAUUUUGUGUCGCAAAAAACAAGAAUUGCUCUCCAAGACUGGCCAAUGGAUCAAUAAGGCCACCAUACAGCAGGAUGGUUUCAUAAGACGCAACGAGCCGGAUGGCAGUAGUGACAUCUCCCAACAGGCUGUGGUCGAUCCCCAUGAUACGCUCGAUAAACGACCCAAACUGGAGCGUACACGCAGUGCGGCCGAAAAGGAAAAUCUUCCCCUGCAACGUUCGGGCAGUAUGCUGAAACGACAAUAUUCUCAACAAGAACAAACAACGAAUCAACGCAUGAUGGGCGCUGACAUGGGCAUGGAUAUGAUGAGUCCGGGCCAAAGGCAGCGUAUGCAACCCAUGACACCACAACAAAUGCAACAUCAGCAUCAGCAACAGCAGCAGCAACAACAGCAAAUGGGUCAACAGGGCCAGUAUCGUGGGCAGGGUCAUUAUAGCGGCAGCAGUGGGGGAAGUCAAGGCAUGCAUCAUGGCAAGGAUGAUGAUCCGAGAUUAUAUCAGGGUGAAAUCGAUGGCCUUAUGAAACAACACCCCCAUUUGGCUCAUCCUAGUCAGCGACAACAGCAACAGUAUCAAUACCAGCAGCAACAGCAACAACUUCAACAGCAGCAACAGCAACAAUAUCGAGCGCAACAACAACAGCAACAUGCCAUGCGAGGCGCACAACAAAUGUCACAAAGUGCGGCCAAUGCCUCUUCCGCCUCUGCCUCCUAUAACACACUACAACAACAACAACAACAAAGGCUUCCAAAUUCAUCAUCACAACAGCAGCAUCAUCCCACACAUCCCCAUCAUCAGCCAACAUCCGGUGGUCAUGGGUAUUUGGGUGCCAGUUCACCACAUGGUUCAGCAACAGCCCAUCAACUAUCAGCCGCCCCGCCCUCAGCAACUGGACCCCUAUCCUCAAACUCGCUAGCCUCCGCAACAUCUGCAACUUCUGCAACACUGUCUCAGGGUUAUCAAAAGCCUCCGCCAAUACAACGCAACUUGACCAUUAGUGGUGGUCAUGCCAUGGAUUCAUCAACGUACAAUGCACGCCGUCACCUUAGCGUCAGCCAAUACGCCACACAGCAACAGAGAAGUUUUAGCAGCUACGAAGAUGAGAUACAACAACAGCAGCAACAACAACAGUCGCAGUAUUCGGGGCAACAGCCCCAUCAUCAUUCCACAUCGGGCCUUUCGUCAUAUGAUCUAGAAGCAGGUAAAAAGCAAACUGGCGGUCUCACCCUAACCGGCACAAGUUCUGUGGGCAGUGUUGUCCACAAUGCAUUGACGUCCGGCGAUUUACAAAUUCAUGCAAAUCAUCCGGUGAAUUGGCAAAUAUCGGCGGACAAUGCCCGCAAUGGUCAUAUGAUAUUACGCAAAUACUAUGAUGGCGAAGAUAUUUUAGGCUUAAAAGUUUUGGGUGGCCAACCUCUACCAUAUGAUGGUGGUUCUAGCAGCAGUCAAAUAAGUUAUGGUGCUAUAGUGGAUAAAGUCAAAAGGGGCUGUGCCGAUACAGAGGGCCACAUAAAACCAGGCGAUGAAAUUGAAUGGAAUGGCCAUGUCUUACAAAACAAGACAGCCGAUGAGGUCUAUGAUAUUAUCGAUGAGCGCUUGGAUGCCCAAGUUGAAUUGGUUGUCUCGCGGCCCAUCAUACAAAAUGUCAGCUCUGCAACAGCGUCCACAUCAACAGCUUCAACAGCCAGCAACAGCAAUAGUGGCUCCACAAUGGCCAUAUCAACGACAAAUCUUAAUUCGACCUCGUCCAAUGCAUCGACAGUGGCGGCGGCGGCGGCGGCGGCGGCUCGCAAGGUUCCCAGCAGCACCAUUGCCAGCUACAUAGCCGGCAGUGCUGUGGUCAGCAGUGGUGGUCGUUAUGUACAACGAAAAGCACCCCUAGUCGAUGACAUAGAAAUCCAUCGCGAUAAGCCAAGUGUGUUGAUAACAUCACCUGGAUCGCCAGAUUUUCAUGCCCAAAAUAGUGGUAGUGUUAGCAGUAGUGGCGGCGUCGGUGGUGGUCUUAACCUAAGACAAAGUGCGAAUGUACGCAGCUACGAAGCGGGUGCCGCAGCAGCUACGACUCAACAACGUCUGGGACCAAAACACGUCUCGAGUGCCGCCAGUACAAGUAGCAAUCAGUCGGUCAGUAGUUGCAGCAGCGGCAGCAGUAGUCACACAUCGCACACACAACAGCCACCGCAUCGAGCACCGACCUCAUCGUCGUCAUCAUCGAUCCAAGGAGCAGCAGCAACUACGACGGCGGGCCAUCAUCAUCACCAUCAUUGCCAUCAAAUACCACCACCGUCAUCGCAUUCGCCGUAUACAUAUGGCUCAGGUUUGGGACCACAACACCAAUCGCAACAACAGCAACUCCUCCUCCUCCAACAGCAGCAACACCACCAGCCGCAUCUGCAACAUCAGCAGCAUACGUCAUUGGCAGGAGCUAUGGUUGGACCCAUACCCGCACACAUUGAAGGCGAACUACAGAUGAAAUUGGGCUAUGAUCAAACAUCAUUACAGUUGAUUGUAACGAUAGUUUGUGCCACUGGUUUGACGCUGCGUCAGACUGGUGUAGCCAGAAAUCCUUAUGCAAAAGUGUUCCUUUUACCCGAUCGUGGUACAAAAUCGAAACGACGCACGAAAACUUUAGCCAGUACCUGUGAACCACGUUGGGGUCAAACAUUUAUCUACACUGGCCUAAGACGAUGCGAUUUAGCCGGCCGUUAUUUAGAGGUCACCCUAUGGGAUUAUGUGCGUUACGGUGCUAAUGACUUUAUUGGAGAAGUGGUCAUAGAUUUGGCACAUCAUUCAUUGGAUGAUGAAGCGGAUUGGUAUAAAUUACAACCACAUCAGGAUACCUCAUAUCUCUUGCGCAGUUAUGAUUCAUCCCGAGAUGUGGACAUAGUGAUUUUGACACCCAGUGAUCAUUUGUCACCACCCAGUACAACAUCGCGUCACAGCGAUUCGGAUACAAUGUCUGAAAUUGAUUUACAAUCACAGCGUGAUGGUGCCAGCAUCUCAUCGAUGGGUAGUUCAGCAAGUACACCCCCACCCGAGAUUGAUUUGCAAGAGCGUCGUUCGAGACGUGAUAUGUCACCGCAGGGUCGCAAAAGAGUGGCCGGCAUGGUAGCUCGUGAUUAUCGUACCGUUUCGGGAAUUGGACAAAGUUAUCACAAUCAGGCCCCCGGUGCUCAAAGUGGUGGUUAUUUUCGUCGUAAUGGUGCCCCGACCACUGGUCCCGGUGGCAUGAGUCUUAGUCAACGCAGUCAUUCGGCAGCCCCCGGUGAUGCAUAUCACAGCGGUUAUUAUCGCAGUACAAGUCCAAGGCGUGGUUCCCUGUCACCACCAGAAUAUCGAGGUCACGAUAUAGGUAGUAUACCACCAUAUAGUGGUGCGACUUCAAUUGUCACGCCCUAUGAUAGUGGUGUGGGCACGUCCUCAUCGCAACAGCAACGCUUCCAAUCGCGCUCGGCGACUGCCACACCAACGGGUUCACCAAAAAAGAGACAACUGCCAAAGGUUCCCCAAACAUCACGCAGCGCCAUGAUACGUGAUCGUUUGGGUCAAGAGUUCGACGAACGUUUAUCCUCGUCGGGUAACGGUCGUUUCGGACGACAUCGCACACGACAACCGCAUCAUCAACCACUAUAUCGUAGUACUGGUGGUGGUGGCUGGGAGCGACACUAUACGGGGCUUUCCGACAGUGAUCUCCAUUCGAUGGAGACACGCAUGCGACCAAGACAUUCUUUGUCGCCCGACAAAGACUAUAUGGGCGAAUUUGGAGACUCAGACAUAGAGUCGUUGGUUAGUGUGACAUCGAGUUCGUUUUCAACGCAAUCCGAACGACUGAGAGGGUCUCGAGGACUUAGCUUACCAAGAAAUUGGCGCUCUUAUUUUGGGCCGAACAGCAUGCAAGCUGUCGGUCCUUCAAUGCGUCUAGGUGGUGGCGGCGGCGACGACGGCGGCAGAGGUGGCUUUUUUGAACGUUUUCGCUCGAAUACAAUCGAAGUGGAUGACUGUGAUUAUUUGCCCAUGGGAACAUUUCAUACACCGGCCCAUGUGCAGACGACAACGCAGCAGAUGCAGCUGCUGGAGCAGCUCGAGCACCUACAACGUCUUGCCGAAUUGGCGGCCAGUGAAUCACCACCGAAUACGGCAGCCGCAGCAGUAGCGGCAGCAGCUGGACUACAAACACAACCACAACUGCCAACACAACUCAUGGUGACCGACAAUAGCGGCGAUUUGGUCGAGCAAUAUUUUCUCGACCCAGCCAAUCCCAAUCUCAUCCUAAUGGACAACACAGGCGGCGGCGGCGGCUGUGUGACACAAGUCGUCAACCAAGAUCCUCUAACACAAACAUCACAACAACUCAGUACAUUUAAUACACCUCAGUACCCACCUCCACAACCACCACCACCACAUACGAUUCCCACCAUACAAUUCCCCGAGUAUCAACCGCAUGCUGCCAAUUUCACGCAUUUCCCUUCCGAUCCCGGUUUUACGCCCGAUUGUUGUAUAGAAGCUCUGGAAGCGGAGGCGGCCGCCGGCAGUGGCAGUAGCGCGACUGCAUUGCGUGGUCUUAAGCGUCUGACAUCACCAGUUGUGAACUUUUUUCGCCAACACCCACCUCGCGUUGGCCUAACAGCUGAUCCGGCUCAUGUUCAUGCUCACACCGUGUCUUCGUCACCCUCAUCCUAUGUCGGCUACAUACGCGAUCAUUACGACAACACCUGUAGUCACUGUCAGAAUGGCAGCCAACCGGUGGUGCUGUCAACCAAUGCGGCCCUGGCCUCGUCAGGCGUCACUAUAGGCGCCUGCCCCGAUCCGUAUUGUUUGAUAGACGCCCACCCCCAUCCUCAGCAUAAUCCCAUGACCUAUCCCUACACCGCCGAGCAGCUGUUGAGGAGACCAUCGCUUUCCAUGUUCCAACCAUCAUCGUCGGAGCCCUCACUGCCCACCACCGAUCCGGCAAUGUGCGGCGAAUGUGUGGAUCAGCAUUUUGUUAGUGGCCUAACGGCACCUCAACUAGACCUGGGCGCAGUGCCCACUUACCAUGUCCAUACCCCAACCCCCACAGCGCACAAAAAAGCCAAAUCCUCCCUGGCUCCUCCUCCCCAAUUGCCUACACAGUCAGUGUUGCGCUUAUCGCGUCAGCUAAGCGAGGAUGCCCUCGUGUCAGCUGUGCCCAUAGCCGAGGGUAGGGCGCAGCCACCGUCGAUUCUAAAGAAGCCCAAAAUUGGCAUACCCACGUGUCGAACCUCCUUGGACCGACGAAAAAUGUUUCACGAGGGUCAAUCGCGUUCCCUAGACUACGAUGAUUUGCAUGCCAAGAGUUGGGGUCGUCGACGCAUACGCUACGAAGACGAAGUCUAUCCGGCCCAAUUCGAUGAGGAACUGUCGCGGCGCUAUGGCUCCGAGACCAAUAUACGCCAAUCUUAUAUGGGGGCCAAUGUGAACGCCUCGAAUCCUCUGAGCCACUCCCAUUUCCUGGUAACCGAUGACAAAAUUGUCACCAUCACAUACGACUCGGACGUAGGCUGGACCAGACGUGGCGUUGCCCCCUCGCAGUUUCGUGACUCGCGGCGGCGCUAUGACAUGAUGCGGGGGCGCAACCACAUGUCGCUCGACCUGGACCGUUCCACACAUGACAAACUGUAUGGGCCGUCGGGACCGUAUAUGAAACGUCGUCGUAACUUGCCGCACCCUCCCAGCGCACAAAAUGCUCACAACUUUUCCCCCGUCGAAGGGGGUACGCGCAUGCCGUACGAUGACGACACCCACAUGAUGGGUCCUGACCCACACACAUCGUCCGCAUCAAUGCCGCAUGGUGGACCUGGUGGCGGGGGCAUGGUCAAUGGCCACACUGGUAGUGGCGAGAGGCCAGGACCUGUUGGCGAACAAUACGAUAGCAGUCGUUCGGGGGGACCACGUCAAUCAGCCAUGGCUACUGCCUCGUCAAAGAGGAGUAGUCGCCACCAACAGCAACAAUACGAAACAGGCAGCGAUCGCAGUAAUCUCGUCAGUAUUAAUGAUCAGCCCGAGUACUUUGAGUACGACGAUUACGGCGAUCGUGUUGCCAACCACCACAACACCACCUCCUCCUCACAACAUUCGAACACGAAUCGCCAGUAUAGUAGUAGUGGUAGCGGUAGUGCUAUGCCAGUUAGUGGUAGCGGUAGUAGUCUUAGACAAAGAGGGAAAGAAGUUUUAGACCAACAGUCAUUGAAGGCUGGCAGUGGGAGUGGCAGUGCCAGUGGAGGUGGCACUGCGACUGGCACGGCCGGCGCUGCUGUGGCCGGUAGUAAUAACGCUAAUAAUGCUGCUUCUUCUUCCUCUUUUGCAAAUUCCCAUCAUGGUGUCGCCAAUUCCACAACAUCACCCAAUAAACGUGCCUCAUUGAAACAUUCAACCACCACCACAACCACAAACGACGCUAACGUUAACGCUGACGGAACGAUCUCAUCCUCAACAACAAUCAUUCAAACCACAAAUCUCACAACAACCACCACCACCACAACAACAACAACCACAUCAUCAUCAACGAAUGCCGGAACGGCGGGAACUUCGGCAACCGGUGCGGAUAAUGCUGCUGCCGAUCCAACGCUAACGGGUGGUGCGGCGGACGCCGAUGUUGAUCCUGAUGCGGCUGUGGAUGCCAUCGAUUGGGAUGCCAUUGAUGCAAUGUUGGACGAUGAUUUUAGUGAAUAUGUCGAUCCGAAACCAGAUGGCGAGGGUGCUGAUGCCAAAAAGGAUGAGGCUAAUCCAGAUGACAAAGUCGAUGGCAGUCUAUCCGACACAGCACAAGAUCGCAAAAAAGGUGCUGCGGACCAAGACCGUUCCCCCAAAAGUGGCAGUGGCAUGGGUAAAAAAUCCAAUUCCACCUCACAACUCUCGGCAACAGGUAUGCAGAACACCACAACCACAUCGUCACAUCAUCAUCAUCAUCACCAUCAAUUACAUCCACUUCAUUAUCAGCGUCAAUCUCGUGGUUCGGCUGGUAGUAUUCAAAGAUCCGUUGAGGUACCGCCAUCAACAUCUGUAAUGCAAUAUCGUGCCGGUAGUAUUCACUCAAUCUCAAGCUCUGAAGGCUCAUCAUUUUCCCCUACAAUAAGAGCUGAUGAACAAAUCAAUCAAUUCGUUGAGGGUCUGGGUCCUGGCCAAUUGGUUGGACGACAAGUUCUGGGUGCUCCCUCCCUUGGUGAUAUACAAUUGUCGCUGUGCUGUCAGAAAAAUUGCCUAGAAGUGGAGGUGAUCAGAGCAAGGGGUUUGCAGCAAAAACCCACAUCGAAAAUGUUACCGGCUCCCUAUGUUAAAGUUUACCUGGUUUCGGGCAAAAAAUGUAUAGACAAAAUGAAAACAUCAACGGCUCGAAGAACCCUAGAGCCGUUGUAUCAACAACAAUUGGUGUUCCAGCAUUGCAACACAAAAGGCUGUGUUUUACAAGUUACUGUUUGGGGUGAUUAUGGCCGCAUCGAAAAGAAAGUAUUCAUGGGCGUGGCCCAGAUAAUGCUCGAUCAAAUCGAUCUCUCCAAUGGCAUUGUGAUCGGCUGGUAUAAACUAUUCGGCACCACCUCACUGGGUCGUCCUUGUGUUUGGUUAGCUGGUGACACCAUACCCGAAGAAGAUGGAUUUGAUGCUUAAAACAGAACUGAUUUUCCAACAUAAAAAAAAAAACAAUUAAACUGACAAUUCUUUCGCUUGUUGUAAGUUAGAACCAUGCUGGCUGUUUCUCUGCUACACUACACUACUACACUUGGAAAUAUCACACGGGAUCUUAAAACACAUGAAGAAGCAAACAUACCGCACUAAAGGUUGUUAAGAACCACCACAAAAGAAAAACACCGCAAACUGAAAUUCAAAACAUAACCGGUUACAGAUACUCUCAAAACUCUCUCAAACACAUACAACACAUACUUACAGCUUCAAGCACUCAAAACAUACCCAUACAAAAACACAGAAGUAAGAAACAGCAAAAUGGCUGCCACUUAGCGGCCCAAUAUUGAAUCGGAAAAUUCCCUAAAAAUGCGACAAUGAUGAUGGAGCUACUUUUAUACCAAAAAGCGAAGGCUAUCGAAAUGCGGCCAAAGGAACAUAACGAAACGGCGAGGCAACAUAACCAAAGGAAAUAUCAUUUUCAAGAAUUUCAAAAACCAAUGGACACUCCUGUACACUCACUACACAAACAAACGUACAUACACACUCACAUUAAAGAUAUAUGAUAUAAUAGUAUAAUAUAACAAAUCAGGACAUUUAAAGGUUUAAAAAAUCUCUAAUGAAGACGAAAAAACAAACAACCAACAAAAACAAAAACAUAACUAAGCAAAUGAGAUGGCUUACAUUCAGUAUCAGAAAAGAAAGAAAGAAACUAAAACAAACAAAAAUUUUUGAAGUGAAGAAAAAAAAACAAGAAAAUUGCAUUUAAUACCACAAAUUAAAUUUAGACAAAAUCAACCCCUUGAGAAUAAAAGAUAAAACCAAUAAAAACUUGAAAGGAUAAAAUAAAAUGAUAAAACAGAAAAUCUUCAAAGACAAA